AUGGCUCCUGUUGAUCCAAGUGUUUUACUCAACACAAUCGUCUAUUUAUUAGAGAGUAAUGGUGGAUUGAAAAACGAUCGAGUUGUACGACAAUUUAUUACACUGAUGAAAUUAACUGAAAAACUAGUGAAUAAAGCAAUAUAUUUACAAAUUCUAAAUCACACAAAAUCUGAAGAUGUAUUAAAAACGUUUUUAAAAUGUGAUGGCCUUCAAAUUUUGAUCAAAUGGCUUUCACAUUUUAGCGUUGAUCAUAAUCAUGCAUUUCUACUCGAUACGUUAAAUAUCAUAGGCAAUUUGCCAUUCAAUAUCGAUAAUGUUUCACAGAAUGAUAUCGACGAGCUACAGCUCAAAAUAGCCGAACUCACAUCGGCUGAGUCAGGGAAAGAAAAGGAUAUUCGUGAAAGUGCUCGUCAUUUAUACGAACUUUGUACAACCAAAGGAUUGUUUCAAACGAUAGAUACUCAUCCUGAUAUUGACCAACCCGCAUCAUCUCAAUCUUCGUCUAUUUCUCGAUUGUCGACUUCCAUCGAUAAACAUCAAUUGACAUCUCAAAGAUUGAAUAAAACCGAACGAACAUUGCUCUCAUCAAAUAAUAAUACAUUCCCGUUCAAUGAUAGCAAAAUGGCAACAACCGCAACAUUGACAGCCGUAUCAGGAACAAAUACAAAUAAUAAUAGUAAUAAUACGGAUAAUAUCAAACGGAAAACAGAAGAGAAUAUAGGACCUACAACAAAUAGAAAACCGACACAUCGUCGUCUUGUAACUCAACCACAAGUAGAUACGAAAAAAAUGAAAUCAUCAAUUGAAAUUGACGAUAGUGAUGGUUUGAAUAAAACUAAUUUAGUGAAUCGAACUACGCCAACAUUUCGUAUACCUAAAAUAGGAAGGUCGAAUACAAGUGCACCAUCGCCACCAUCGGAAACGAAUGAAAGUUCACCACCUCCUACAUCUACGGCAGUUCAACCAACAAAAAUCAAUGCGUCAAUGAAUCGACAAACGAGUGAUGAACUUAAUGCGCAACAAGGAAAAAGAAAAUUUUCUUUAAGUCAAUAUAUAGAACGAAAACGAUUAAAAUCGAAUGAAUUACAGAGUACUCUAGCUGAUACUGAUAUGCGAAUAAAUAAUAUCGGAAACUCAAAGCCUUCACCACCUAUGCCUAUCGAUGAUGAUUCGUCCAACAACAUACCCGAGAAUCCACCAGUAAUCAGUCCAAAACCAGAUGAAACAAAUACAGUUAUAAAAAGUAAUUUAAGUGAACCAGGCGUAAAAAAAGUAAACAAAAAGAAAGUGAUUUGGGCUGACGAAAAAAGUCAAACACUUGUGCACACAUCAUUUUUUGAAGUAGAUGAUUCCGAACUAUCCGCUAUGCAUGUAUAUGCACGUACAUGUGCAGCUAAUAUAUCUAUAGCACAACUUGAAAAAGUCAUGGAACGAGACUUACGUAAACGACGAGGUAUACAAGACAUGAAUGCGAUGGAUAAUGAUGAUAAACAAAUUUUAACGCCAUUGCCGGCAUUCAUAAAAAUUUUACUACCUGAUACAAUACAAAUUCCACCAGUCAUUUCACAGGAACGAUUUGUUCAAGAAGAACGUGAAAAAACUGUGUUACAGGCGCUUUUUAUACGUUCAUUUUUACCUGAUAGUCCAGGGGAACCCGAUGGUGAUCUUAUUGGACAAAGCCAUACUGAACGAACUGAACCAAAAUUGAUCCCACUUGAAGAUGAUGCUUCAUCGUCUCUAUCGAGUACAGUAACAUCAGUAAACAGCAAUAAUACGACAACAACAACAGCAGCAACAGCAGCAACCAAUAUACCUAUAAUUUCAAUAAAUAAUUCAAUGGCAACAUCAACAACAACAGCAGCAACAACAACAACAACAACUACAACAACAACACCCAACAACAACAACAACAACACAGUCACACCGAGUCUUUCGUCAUUUUCAUUUGGAGAUGUAUCGCCUGAAGUUGCACAAAUUCUUGCGCAAGCAAAAGGCAAUUUAACAUCAGCUACAGCAAAUAAUCUUUCAACGACCAUAGCGUCAAAUACUUUGCUGAAUUUGCCCACCACAUUAGCAACAGCAACAUCGACAAUAACAAAUACAACUGCUGCAUCAACACCUAAUCUUCCUCCACCACCGACUUUGCUUUCAGCACUACUUAAUGCUACACGAACAGCUAACAACGAGACAACUAAUGGUCCACCACCGAAUUCAAUGGUAAAUAUGUUGCCAAAUCUUUCAUUAAAUUUCAACUUACCGCCACCUCCAACACCAUUUCCAUUAUCUCAACUUAUAGCGAAUGCUCUCACACUUGGUAUACCGCCACCACCAACAGCUAAUCCUAAUAUUUUUCAAACACAAUCGACUACGUUUACCACGCCACCACCGAAUAUGUCGAAUUCAAUAGCUAAUUCGAUUCAACAACAAGCAGUAAAUUCAAAACAGCCAUCUGUUCGUUUUGUUUCUGCUAUUGGUCAACAACAAACACGACCGAACCUUUCAAAUAAUAAUAUUAUUAAUAAUCAUAAUAAUAAUCAUAAUAAUAAUAAUAAUAAUAAUAAUAAUAAUCAUGAACAUCAAAUUUCAUCUUCUCGUGAGAACAGUAGGGAGCAUAAUUUUCGACGAGGCCCACCAAAUAAUAAUCGUCGAGAUUAUUAUCAAAAUCGAAACAAUAAUAAUAAUAAUAAUACCAACAAUAAUAAUAAUCACAAUAAUAACCGAAAUAUAUUCUCUUAG